AUGAGCAGCAAGAGGCUCAACAAGCGGCAGCUGCGUGAACAACAGGAGCUCGACGAGCUGGCCGAAGCACCGCUGCCGACCAACGAGGCAGCGAAGAAGUCCGCAUUUCAACAACUAGCCGAAUCGGAUGAUGACGAUCAGGAUGAUGACGAGGAGGAAGAGGAAGCAGCUCCUGUCUCGACCGCCACGAAGAAGCCAACAACCACUUCACUCUUCGCUGCACUAGGUGAUGGUGCUGAAGAGGAGGAGGAACAGGACGACUCGGAGCCAGAUCAAGAUAUCUCCACGCAGCAAGCGGCAAAGUCGAACAAGAAGAAGAACAAGAAGAAGAAAAAGAAAGCUGCUGCUGCUGCUACGGCUGACAAUACUGGUUCGGCAGAAGGCGACACCGCACAGCAGACGCCAUCGAUCAAUGCCGCGAAGAAGUCGACCAAGAAGAAGCCCACCGCGCCGACCCCAGCUGCCAAGUUGAAAGACGUGUCCGAGAUGUCGAUCGACGAGUUCGACGCCCUGCUCGCCUCGCAAGCCUCGCUCAACACCGACUCGUCCAACUCCGCUCCCAGUUCCUCCUCAAACGCUCCCUCCGCCAACCGCGUCUCGGCCUUCCGCACGCACCUCGCGCUCGACCCACGCAACCUCGACCCCUCGCUCGAGCUCCGGCGUCAAUUCGGUUCCGCGGCCAUCAAAGCGUAUCAAUCCGAAGCGGCCUCCUCCGCGGGCGGCGGUCGUGCGACCAACGGCGCUCGCGCUCGCGCCCAAGCGACCAACCCCAACCUCAAAGUCCGCUCCCUCCUGUGCACGCCGCAACCGCACUGGCCGCCCAUCGCGCGCUCCUUCACCGGCAUGUCCAUGGACAUCCUCGAAUCGCCUUCCGGCCGAACCUGCGUGUGGAGGCACAGCAAAGCCUACCGUCAAGUCCAGAUGCAAUUCCUCCAAGCCGUUCGGAGCUACGAUCCCAAUUCGCUCAUGGCUUUGCUCAGGGUGUAUCCCUACCACGUGGAUACGCUGUUGCAGCUCUCCGAGUAUUCACGGCAUCAGGGGGAUUUGGGUCAGGCGGCGGAUUUCAACGAUCGCGCGCUGUUUGUGAUGGAACGCUGUGCGAGUCCGUUUUUUACGAGCUGUUUGAGUAGCAGCACCAGUGGGCCACCCGUGGUAAGCUUUGCCAAGGUGGAGAAUCGGGCGUUUUACAUGGCGAUCCAUCGCAACAUUGGGUUUUUGGGACGAAGGGGGACGUGGAGGACCGCGUUGGAGUGGGCAAAGUUGCUGUUGGGAUGCGGGGAGGAUGGGGAGGAUCAUCAUGCGGCGUUGCUGUGGAUCGAUUUCUUGGCGGUGAAAGCGAAACAGGGGAGGUGGUUGGUGGAAUUGUUCCCGCAACUGGAUGCGCAGCGGUCGAAAGGCGUGCAUAGCGUCGAGGAGCUGAGUGUCGCCGCGCGGACGAUCACUGAUGGGGACAAAGAAGCUGCGGGUGAAGGUGCCGGGUAUGCGGGGACGUUGGAUUGGUGUGUGGGUCUCGCCUAUUCGCGCGCCCUCGCCUUGCGUGCGGUGGAGAAGGAGGAGGGGGACAAAUCGCAUACUCGCUCCAAUGCCGCUCUCCGACUCGCCAUCGCCCGGUUCCCAGCCGUAGUACCGCUGCUGUGCAACAAGAUCGGUAUCGAACUCCCCUCGACCCUCGCCGGUCACCCCCUCUUCCAGCUCGCCCCACGCUUCUCUUCUUCCUCCGACACGUUGGGCGAUUUGCUGACGCACAUCUACGUCCUCCGUUCCGAGUCGCUCUGGAAGGACCCUGGUUUGGGCGACUGGUUACGAUCUACCACACUCGCUCUCUCCCCCGCUCUCAUCGAGGAUUUCAAUCGACCCAAGCAAAAUCGCCAAACGCAACCCGCCAGCGCAUCGCACCGCACCCGCCAAGGUAUCUACCGUCAUGUGCUUGUCUCGGAUGUCCCCGAUACGGUUCGUCAGCAGCUGAUCGCGUACCUGCCCCCAAGCAUUACGGGGAGCAGCGAGCAGAUGGACUCGUUCGACCCGGUUCCACCUACAGGGGAAGAGGUGACCCGGUACGACGAUGCGUAUUUCGCACCUGUGCUUUCGUCCCUUCCAGCUCAACGGGAUGGAGGGCGGGGAGAGGGGAUGAUGGCCGCCUUCCGGAGGGCGUUGCAAGGGCUAGGUGCGGGGCAGGGAUGGGAUGCCGCCAUGGAGAAUAUGGACGAUGAGACGAGGGAAGAGGUUAUGGCACAGGUGAUGGGGAUGGCGCAGGCGCAGAGGGGAGGUGGGAUGCCUGGUGGAUUUGGUGGAGAAGAGGACGAGCAGGAGGAUGGCGAGAUGGAGGCGGCUGGACAAGGGGCGUUUGGCGCCAUACGUGCGGCUAUGGACGCUAUCUGGGGCGGACGCGGUCAGCCACAGGAGACUCACGACGACGAAGAGCAAGAACAUCCACACCAAUGA